GAAGUGCUCAGGCAGGUACGCUAGUUCCCGGAUGUGAUGCGGAUCAAGGUUAGGUCUCAGAGAACCGGUUCAGAACCAGCGACAGAAGCGCUCUGACACGCCGGGAAGGGGCGUCCUUCAGCACGGCCCGACCUGCACAGCGAUCAGACCGCAUCCGGAGCUCUCGGGGCGCCGAGAGGGUCAUGUCCACACCCGGGGUCAGUGGGAGUGGGAGGCUGCGGAGCAGCGGGCUCACACCGUGGCUCAAAGCCACCUUCUCGGUUCUGGGCUCGGCUGUUGCGAUGCUUGCUGUGGGUGCCUUCUGCGCUCUCACCUAUCCCAUCCUGAGAGACCUGCGGGCGGAGAGGCUGAGAGGCGAGAAUGGGACUGAAGAGACGAUCCUGGGUUUCUGGAGCAUCCUGAUAAUCUCAACUGUUGCCGGCUGCAUCUCCUGUAUCUUCUCGUGGACUCUCACUCAGCUGGACUCGUACCAGCCUGGCAUGGCCUUCCCCAGCCUCCUGUCUCUGCUUGAUUUCAGAGACCCUUCCAGCCACGGAUUCAAUGUGAUCCCUGGACUAGCCGUUCUGAAUGGCAUCCUGGUCACCCUGACUCUCAUCUGGAGCCUCUCCUGAGGCUUCGUUCUCAGCUGCACAGAGACCUGAAGACAAUUCACUCUGUAUGAGACUUUUGGACUUUUUAUUUAUAUUUCUGUAUGACAAGAUAAGGGAUCUAGCAUUAGAGCCUUGGGAACAUGGGCGAACCUGGAAAUUCUACAGUUGCAAUUUGGAAUAUUGUACUUUUUUUUUUUUUUUACCAUUUAUUGCUGUAUUCACAUUCAAUUCUCUCUAUUUUUAUGAGUAUAAAGAAACAUUCAAGUCAUUUUGUUCGUCUUUUGUUUCCCUUGGUUCUUUUUUAUUGAGGUGAACCGUUGCUUCGUUUUCUCACUGAUCACCAAUCCUUUAAAAGGUUGACCUACAGUUUUUGAUUUUUUUGGCCGAUACCAAUUUUGUUUUUCUGACAAAGUCGUUACAUUAUCAAGAGCAGGGUGGCUGACACACCACUGGUGGGCUGGCCUGUCAGUCAGUCCUCUCAUGGCAGAACAAAAGAGGAUUGGCCAAUCGCCGAUGACCCAGAAUUAAGGAAAUCGGUGUGAACCAAUCAGUCAUUCGAAUAUCAGAAUUAGGGCAGUUUUGUGGUUCAGAGGGUUAAAUAUUUCUUUUCCUGCUCUUUUCUUUCAAUAAACACAUCAUUCAACAGCUGGUAAGUUGCUGUGAAAAAGUA